UACAUCGCGGCCAAGGACAAGGUGCGCAAAUGCAGGGACUCGUGGGCCGCUUCGCGCGAACAGUGACGGCCGGAAGAUGCGGCCGUAUCGUCAGGUGGUACAGUGGCGGCGGAGGCGGUGACGACGGCGCCGAAGACGUCCAGGCCAGAGAGCUGAUCGACAGACAACUGAAACUGGCGCCGGCCGGCGGCCAUCAGGUGUUGAUCGUCCAGCCGUACAUAAAAUGGGGUGCCAAAAAGGACAGGAGCACGAAGCCAGAAGUCAAGUUGGACGAGAGCCGGUCGCUGGUGCACACUCUGGACGAAUGGUCUGUGACGGACACGUUACUGGUGGGUCUCACGUCGUACCGGAAACACACGUUUUUCGGUCCCGGUAAUGUGGACACGAUCGCGCUCCGGGUGGCCGGCGACCGUCGCAUCACCGCCGUGUUCGUCAGCGUCAACGUGCUGAAACCGAUUCAACACCAACAUCUGGAACACCGUUUCGGUGUGCCCGUCUACGACCGGUACCUGAUGGUGGUGCAGAUAUUCCGCAGGCACGCCGUCACUAGGGAGGCCAAGCUACAGGUGGCCCUGGCCGAACUGCCGUACAUCUGGUCGCGGAUACGCGGCGUUCAGGACGGGUACACGGAGCGGCUGGGCACCGAAGCCGGUCAGAUAGCUCUCAGCAGUAAGCUCGUGUUCGACGACAAGAAGGACUUGCUGAAGGCGUACGAGAAGAAGCUCAAAAAGUCUGUAGACAAGCUCAGGAGCCACCGGAAACAUCUGCGCUACAACAGGUCCAACAAGGAUUUGCCCGUCGUCGCGGUGGUUGGAUAUACCAACGCUGGCAAGACGUCGCUGGUCAGGGCGUUGACGGGCGACGCGGGCCUGGUUCCCAAAGACUGCCUGUUCGCCACGUUAGACGUGACAGUACACGGAGGCGUGUUGCCCAGCAACAUGACUGUGUUGUAUGUAGACACCAUAGGUUUCAUAUCGGAUAUACCUACCAGACUCAUUGAACCAUUUGUCGCCACGUUGGAAGAUGCCAUGUUCGCAGAUGUCAUUGUCCAUGUACGGGACAUGUCUCACCCCAAUGUCCUGGUACAAAAGACUCAUGUGGAAGAGACGCUAAAGAGCUUAAGCAUUAACCCAGACUUGUUGAAUAGUGUAAUCGAUGUUGGCAACAAAGUCGAUCGUCUAGACAAUAUUGAAAACGAUGAAAGUUCGGUGUUGAUAUCUUGUACCACUGGAAAGGGUUUAGAUGAGCUCAAGAAAAAAAUAGAAAGUCAAAUAAUUAAAGUCACUGGUAGACGAAUAAUUAAAAUAAGGGUACGCACUGGCCGCGAUGAAUAUGAAUGGUUAAGGGCGCACACAGCCAUUGUCAAUAUCGAUACGGACGGUGAUUAUUCUGUAAUGGAGGUUAUUGUUACCCAAUCUGAUCUAGAUGUGUUUAAAAGUUUGUUUAUACGCAAAAAUAUAAACAAAUAGUUUUAUUGUAGAAAAUAUUUCUUUAUAAAUAAAUGUUAACACGUUUUUAGUUAA